AUGUUACCUUCUGAAUUAUUAAAGUAUUUUAAUAUUUCUCAAGGUAAUACUGAAUUUGCUCCUAUUAAAGAUAUCGGACAUUCUGGAGUUUGUACAAAUAUUGUUACUAAUGCUUUUGAAAUAUCUGUAAAUAGUGUUAAAACAUGGGUUUAUCAAUUUGAUGUUGGAAUUAUAAUUACAAUUAAAAAGAAAAAUGAUCAAGUAAAAAGAUACGAACUUAAUAAGACACAACUUGAUGGUAUUAAAAUGAAAGAUUAUUAUUUUCAAACAUUAAAAAUAAUAAUGGAAUGGGCUAAUUAUAACAAUGGUAAAAGUUGUUUUAUUAAUCCAGAAAAAUAUGAAUUUAGUGAAUGUGAUAUGCCACCACUUCCUGAUGCAAAAUAUCUUUGGAUAAGAAGUUUUAAUAGUGUUAGACAAGCUGGUAAUAUAAAGAAUGAUAGUGUUGGUCUUAUUUAUAUUGUUGAUUCUAUUAAAAACUGCAUUUCAUGUGCCACAAUUAUUAAUUAA